GGUCGGGGCUAGUGCUGGCGGAAGAAGCUGGAUAGAGGGUGUUAGGUGACGGGAGGAAGAUGGGGUGGCUGCGGCCCCCGGUGACUUAUCUGCUACUUGGGGGACAGGGGCUUCUUCUUACCUUCUCCCUCAUCGCCACCCAGAAUAACACCAGCCCCGCAUCGUCUCCUGAGCCCGGGAGCAGCAGCAGUAUCCCCCCGGCCCCCGAGAGGUGGGACCCCAGAGGACCCCUCAUUCUGUGCGAGUACUUACCAGAAGAGUUUAUCGCCUGCGAUGAUCCAGUAGACAACACUGGGAAUGUGUCCAUCCAGCAAGACCUGGGCUAUGGCUGCACCAAGUUUGGGGGGCAGACGUACGCCGAGGUCAACCACACGAAAGUAUUGUGCCGACCGCUGCCUGGCAUCGAAUGCUACGGACCUCCUACAUUCCAGCGUGGGAACAAGCCUUGCAUCAAAUACACAGGUCACUAUUUCAUCACCACCUUGCUCUACUCGUUCUUCCUCGGCUGCUUUGGUGUUGAUCGCUUCUGCCUAGGACACACGGGCACCGCUGUGGGUAAACUCCUGACUCUGGGCGGUCUGGGCAUCUGGUGGUUUGUAGAUCUGAUUCUUCUCAUCACCGGGGGGUUAAUGCCAAGUGACAACAGCAACUGGUGCACCAUCUACUGACCGGAUCUCCAGGGGUCCUACAAGAAGGACAAUAUUGCACCACAGCCAUAAACUUGUACUUUGUAUCCAUGUCUUAUGCUCCCACAGGUUGUAUGGGAAUCACGUGGCCCCAAGUGCACUCUUUGGCAUCAUUAUUUAUUUCACAGUGCGACUAUACCAAGAAGGACUGCGAAUCCCAGGACUGUCUGUAAACUCAGAAAUUGCUAAGACCGAUAAUAUUAAACAUUGCCACUAGAGAUGAGCGAACUUACAGUAAAUUCGAUUCGUCACGAACUUCUCGGCUCGGCAGUUGAUGACUUAGUUCAGCUUUCCGGUGCUCCGGUGGGCUGGAAAAGGUGGAUACAGUCCUAGGAGACUCUUUCCUAGGACUGUAUCCACCUUUUCCAGCCCACCGGAGCACCUGAAGGCUGAACUAAUUUACGCAGGAUAAGUCAUCAACUGCCGAGCCGAGAAGUUCGUGACGAAUCGAAUUUACUGUAAGUUCGCUCAUCCCUAAUUGCCACUUUUGGUUUGUAAAAUAAAAAGCUGUAAAUAUGUUAUAAAUGCUGAUGCUCUGUAACUAUAAUAAAAUAUGGGAUCGUG